AUGACGAAGUUCUUAGCUACUGCCUUCAUUGCAACCCUUUUUGCGCCUGGCAUUGAGGCCUUUGUAACUAAAUGCAACAAACAUAAUGUACGGCGAGGGCUACUGAGCAAGCUUGAAGAUGAUGGUUUGGCCGGUAUCCUUCAGUCCUGUUCCGAUAUUGAAUAUGAGACUUCUCUCUUUGUUGACGGACAUGUCUUCGUGGUUUCAACCCCAGCAAUCUUAGAAGACAAUAAUUCUGAUUGUCCAAGCGUAGCCAUGGAGCAAAGUGAUCGCCUUGCGAAGCCGACUGACGCUGAUUUCGGAAUUCGUACCGUCAAUAUCCAUAACGUCACCCUCGCAAGGGAUCUUCCAGGUCUCCCGAUUGGAACUUUCCCCCUUUCAGAGAUCGCGAACGCAUUCCACACUGUGCAAGCCGAAGUUGCUUCUGAUCCAGACAGCAUGAAGAACUACGAUUAUAUCUUGCAGAACUGCGGUGACUUUCCAGCUCACAUGUUGACCCUUUUGAAUGUUGCUUUCGACCAUCAAAUGGUUCAAUUCAUUGCCAAACAGCUACAAAAGAGACACCCUACCUUCGUUCAGAACGUACGCAAUAGUCCAAACGCAAUGAAGUUGUUGGCCGACAAGACCACGCUUGAUGUGCUCACAGAUCUACAAUUGCUCGAGCUGCUCGUUGAGUCAAGAGUGAAGCAUCUCUAUGAUUCCUCAACGACACAGCUUCUUGACAGCUACAGUGAUCCGUCUCAGGAGCAUAGCCACAGAUCCCUUUCAAAAGUAGAUAAUGAACCAGCUGCUGACCGUAGGCGCCUUGGCGAGGUCGAUUGCGGUCGUUGGUACUCGUCGAGUUGUCUUGCAGAAAGCGAUAUUCGCUACGAUCGUUCCGCUUCAAACGCCAUUGCCGACCAGAAUCCUGCUUGGAAAAAGUUUGAAGGGUUCUACGAAGGAACAGCAACAGCAUAUGGUCCUGAUGGGCGAGUCAUUGAACCAUUCUAUCUUGAGGAAGGUGCAACUAGUUUUGCCCCAAGUAAAAUGCCAUAUUCUCAAGCCAAAUUCAAAAUGUUCAUCAACAUCACGUUGACUGGCUCGAGAAUAUACGAACAAAUGACUUCAGUCUUCCCUCCCUCGCCAGCAUCCUUCUGCAAUCAAUCCGUGCCGGAAGGAAUGCAGAAUGUGAUUUUGCCAGGCGAAUGCGGCUUGAAUGGUACCUCUGGUUUUUAUGAACGCUUUGGAACAAGUACCUUCGAGAAGGACGGAAGAGUUUCGAUGUUGUCCUUCGGUUCUACCAUGUCAGGCUCCAGCCUUGAUCGCAAGUCCUACGUCAGUCUUCCUGCCGGUGAAAGCAAUCACUUCUCGAGCUACUUGGAAGGUGAUAUUCUUGUCCAGUACGCCUCUGCAUGUCUUGAUGCAGAAUGCAGCCAACUAUCCACUACCAUCGAUCAGUAUGACACGUCUACUCCGGAAGGCGAAGAGUACGAAUUUGUGGCUUCGACACGCAUUUUCGCCACCCGCAUCGCAUCAUCUAGGCAGUUCCGUGAUGCACUCGGAGCAGCCUACCUCGAAUACGAUGUGCCGUCUGAUCAAAGACCAUCUGAAGAUGGAUGUCUGUCUGGCUACUGUCCUCAUGAAAGCGAUUGGUGCGAAUACGAUCCCGAGUGUGGCGUGUCCCCGUAUCAAGAACCAGAAGCGUACGUCUUGGCCGGACCAGUCGUUGGUAUCGUGGUUGCCAUCACGGCGGUCAUAUUCCUUGCUUUGUUCGCUCUGCACAGACGUCAAAUGAAGCAAAAGGAGGCUGUUGUGCGCACCAUGUUUGCGAAUCGCGUUGCGGAGGGCAUCACCAUCACUGGCAGCUCUGAUGUUCUGUCACCGGAUCAAUUGGUCGCCGAGUUCAACAAGAUCGACAAGGAUAAGGGAGGAACCCUCGAGAAAGGAGAGCUUUGGGCGUUCUUGGAGUCCGGCAAGGUUGGUAGUAUGAGCCGAAGUGACUUUGAUUUGCUGUUCUCCGUGAUUGAUAUUGAUAAGAGCGGUAAUGUCGACUUCAACGAGUUUGUUGCCUUCUAUUCCCAUGCGAUGGCAAAUGUGGCCCCAAGGUAG